GGCGAGAGGCGCGCUGUGCGCCUGCGCCGAGCGCCGGGACAGGGCGUGUUCCUUGCCCGGGUGCGCGUUUUGCUCAGACCGAGUGUAUCUCCUGCCGCUGAAGUGCGCCCUGCGGAAGCCUGUCUCUCCCACGCCCAACCUGUUAGGUGCUGCCCCUCGCGAUCAUGUCCAAGUCCCUGAAAAAGUUGGUGGAGGAGAGCCGGGAGAAGAACCAGCCGGAAGUGGACAUGAGUGACCGGGGCAUCUCCAACAUGCUGGAUGUCAACGGCUUGUUCUCCCUGUCUCACAUCACACAACUGGUCCUCAGCCACAACAAGCUAACAACUGUGCCAGCAAACAUAGCAGAACUGAAGAAUUUGGAAGUGUUGAACUUUUUCAAUAACCAGAUCGAGGAGCUGCCCACACAGAUCAGCAGCCUUCAAAAACUCAAACACCUGAAUCUCGGCAUGAACAGACUUAACACUUUGCCUCGCGGGUUUGGCUCCCUCCCGGCUCUCGAGGUCCUUGAUCUGACUUACAACAACUUGAAUGAAAGUUCUCUUCCUGGAAACUUCUUCUACCUGACCACCCUGCGUGCACUCUAUCUAAGUGACAACGAUUUUGAAAUCCUGCCUCCAGAUAUUGGGAAGCUCACAAAGUUGCAGAUACUCAGCCUUAGGGAUAACGACCUGAUCUCGCUGCCUAAGGAAAUCGGGGAGCUUACUCAGCUCAAGGAACUCCACAUUCAGGGGAACCGCCUGACCGUCCUGCCCCCAGAACUAGGAAACUUAGAUUUAACGGGUCAGAAGCAGGUUUUCAAAGCAGAGAACAAUCCCUGGGUAACCCCGAUUGCUGACCAGUUCCAGCUUGGCGUGUCCCAUGUGUUUGAAUAUAUCCGUUCCGAGACGUAUAAAUAAUCAGAAAGCUUGAGUCUGAGCCCCUUCCCCAAGGUCACCCGGCCUGUGAGGAGCAGAACUGGGUUUCACAUCCCUUUUGACUUCAAAGGCAAGCUCCUGCUCCCACUCCUCAGAGCUAUGAUGGGCCCUCAGGAGGAGGGAGUGUGUAUAACUUGUUGAUAGCAUUCACCCACCCCUUCUUGAUUUUCUUCUACUUUCUCAUUACCCGAUAAGUAAGGUGCCUCAGUAAUUUACUGGCCAAAAGAGGACACUCUUGAGAGUGAAAGCUGCCACUCUUAGACCAGCCCAUGGAUGUGGGUCACACGGUGAUGCCGAUUUCAGGGCCUUGAAGAAGGGAGCACUCACCAGUUUAUCACUGGUGCUCAUACGUGGAGCUAGAAGAGGACCACAUGCUUCCCAGUCGGAACACACUGGGGACUCUGCUCUCACGGAACUCUGCCUUGCUACUCCCAAUGGCUAUGUGACCGUCUUGAAAGGGACAGUAACUUUUCUCGUUUGAGAUCUUUUCCAGUUUAAAAAUUCCGCACCCAUGUCAAGAGGACAUGACACUUGGACAGGCAAGCCUUGCAUAUUUCAUCUCAGGGCAUCAUGAGAGUAGGCGGGGGACAGGCCUGGUGGGGACACACUGGACCCGUGGGGACAGAACCUCUUCAUAGGUGAUGACUGGGGGAAAGAAUCUGCUGCCUGCAUUGAGCAUCGUCCUCUUUCCCUUAGAAGCAGGACCGUUCCUUCAACUUACGUCUAAAGCUUGUACUGAAGGAGUACGAGUGACUAAUUCUGCCUGAAUUUCCCCAAGCUCCUGCGCUUAUCUUUGUUUAUUAUAUUAAUAAAUAUUAUGCAACUAAUGUUCCCAUCUGGCAGGGCUGAGAAAAGAGCAUAAAAAUGAAGUUGUGGUUGCAUCUCUUAAAUACUAAUGAAGGUGAUACGUACUUGGCAUGGUAGAAAGGUGGGUCUUCAUUUUAGAGUUCUUAAUUAAGAACUGCCAAGUGACUAAUAUUAAUUAGGAAGCCAGCUGUAUCCUUCAGUUUCGUGGUAUAUUUCUUCUUACAAACCUGUGAAGGGAGUAAGUCAGAGCCUCUUUUAAUCAAUCAGCGCAUGAGCAAUUGUCUGUUAAGUAUACUUUGUGUGUACGGGACCAGGCUGUGCGGACAGAGAUUUAUAAGAUACUGUCUUUGCCUUGAGGAUCCCCAUCUAACUGAGGAGUAUGUACCAACAGAGAGACCCAGUAUUUCAGGACACUGAAGUAAAAGAUCCUCUGAAUCAUAUCGGUGGCAUAAGGGGAGUAUGGCAGUGUGGUGGGAGGGAGCUUUUCCAAACUAUGCAGGGGCCUUCCCUCUCCCAGGGUCACAGGAGCCUGCCAGUGUAAGUGAUGGAGGGGUAUUAUAUCCCCAGGUGUGGUGGGGUAGACAGAAGAAGGUUGAGGACCACCCAACAAACUGGAGAGUUGGAGUUCAAAGGAAAGAACGAUGCUCAUGGGCAGAAAUAGUCAAGAUGACUACAGCUGGGCUCUAAAGUGGAGGGACAAGAUUUCCAAUGGGUGCGGAGCCAUGGGCAGCCCACAGAGGUGGAAGGAAGGGAGCAGGCCAACUGGAAGUCAUGGACAUCACCGUGGUAUGUCACCUUCAGCUCUUCACUGCUGAGUCUCUCCACCAGCUGUUGCAUCAAUAAUUCUCUUGGCGCUGUUCAUGCCUCCACAUGCAUAUAUUUGAACACGGGAAUAUUUCCUGAAUGUUUUUUGUGCUGUACACAAUGCAGUGCGCACAUAUAGCAUGUACUUUUAAGUUUGAUCUGCUUUAGUAACAUAUCCUUGAUCACUUUCUUAAGUCUGGAUAUGCAACAAUACCAUAUAUCAACCCAUGAUUUGUAGCGUUUUCCAGUUUCCCUGGUGUAAACCCUCUACCAUGGCCAUUUUAAAACUGCCCGCAUGAUGUCAUUGAACACCGUGUUAGGAAUAGUUACCAGUGGUAUAUAUACCAUUAUAUUCUGUUCCUGGCAUACUGAUGCAGUGGAUGCAAAUAACCUCAGGAACAUAGAAAAUAAAAAAAUGUGUAAUGAUAAGAAAGUGAGAAGCUUUUAUAUGUAUCUUUUGAACAGGUUAUUGCAGGGAUAAUUGACUCAAAAUAAACUGUACCUACUUAAAAUGUAAAAAAAAAAAAAAAGAAAAAGCUCAAACGUGGCCUCCUACACGGACUUAGUACCCUGAGCUAGAGGUGGGGGGAGUGGUUGAAGCAGAAACUCUGUCCACGGUGUAUUCCUGGCAUGAUCACUCAGCUUCUUAAUAAAAUUAUGCCUAGAAUGAAGGGCUUAAGAUGAAGCACCUCAAAAUCCCUGUCCAUUUUCCAACUUUCUAAGUCUCCUUUGACAUUGAUGUGUUAAUAUCCACUGAAUUCUAUUUCCUUCAAUCACUAGCAAUUGAAGAAGGAUUAUAUGAGAUUCAGUUGGAAUGUACUGUCUUUCAACUUUGCCUUACAUAGAGUGUUAAUUUUCGCAGGGUUUUUUUUUUAGCUCGAAUUGUAGUCCAAUUUGCAGUUCUCUCUUAAUUUCAUACCUAGAAACUGAGAUUUCUGAGUCAUAUCUGUAGAUGGACAAAAUUGCCUGGCCAGUGCUGUGGGUCUUCUCAUGCAGGAGCCUUGAGCCCUCAAAUCUGCAGCUCUCCAUGCUCCUUCACAGACGUUCUUGAGUAGUUAGUAUUUCUUCCAGAUGAUCCUCAAGGAUCCUUAACUUCAAGCCUGAGAAGUGGUCAUUCACAAGGUCAUUCACAUCUAAGUCUAAAUCUGAGGGAGCUGAGUUUGAUGAGCUUUUCUCCCCUCAAACUCUGCCACUGAACUCUUUCUUUUCACAUCUGUGCCACUUGAGUGCUAAUUCUCGUGCAGGUUACACCUGUGUGUGUAUGGCAACCCUCUCUAGCCCUGGUGUAUAAACAACCUUUUUCAAGAAAUCCAGACAUCCAGAGCAAUCUUCUUCCCAGCUAAGAAAUGUUUUCCCUGAGCACUUCGGAAACCUAUCUGUUGCUUAAGAUGAGGUCCUGAUCAGUGGCCACCUUUGGAAUGCUGCCCUUUGCUGUGGUCCUGCAAUCCUUGAAUAUUACCACAAGCACAGUUCCCUUCAGAGAAAAAGAAACCUUAGAAAUAGAGGAUCUGUGCUUUUCGUUUUGUAACUUGGAGAAUGCUAACCUCAUGUACCAGCCUUUUAUUGAAUUUAAAUGGCUACAUGUGAAUGGUAUAUUUACAAAAAAUAAGUACAGAAAGUUAGGAGAAUGAUUUUGCUAUAUCCAGUAGCACUUACCUUGUUAUAAGGUUUAAUAUUUUCCCUUAAAUCAACUCACAUGCUUAAAUUUAUUUUUAAGAGAAACUGUGUAGCAGUAUUCUAGAUGGUAAAUUGACAUCACGUGCAGUUAAUAGAAAUACACAGGUAGUAAUUAGAAUGUAAAGUGUGCUUCAGUAUACAUGGAGUCAUCUCACAGAACACCUCCGUGAGACAUCACUUAGGGGAGAUGUUACGUUGGUGGGGGCUUAGACAGGAUGAGGGAAACAGACCCAUUUCUCUCUGGCUUUAACAUCCAAUACGGACUUCAGGUUUAAUUUUACUUGUAAGUUUUGUUUACAACAGAAUUUUUCAAACUCAACACUAUUGACCUUUGGGGCUAGAUAAGUCCUUGUUGGAGACUAUCCUGUGCACUCUAGGAUGUUUAGCAGCAUCCUUGGCCUCUAACUAUUAGAUGCCCGUAGCCCCUCCCCAGGUAUGACAACCAACGUUAUUUCUAGACCUUGCCGAAUGGCCCGUGACAGAGGGGAAAUGGUGCCUGAUUGAGAUCCACUGUGUUAUACACAAGUUGUUAUGUUGCUUUUAUUAUCCUUGUUGUCUUAAAUUGUUACUUUGUUAAGUAGGCGUAUUUAAAAGAUGCUCGUACUUUUUGAGACCAUGUUGUAGCAUCUUUGUGAGCAUGCCUUUAACUCCCCUACUUCCAUAGUGGAAGUGGGCCUGACCUCCCCUGGUACCUGCUGGGGCACACCUAGUCCCUUCACCAUAGAGGCGAGGUAAGUCUCCCCACUGGCUGUCAGUUCCCAAAGGCCUCUCCUUCGUAAAUGAAAGACCAGGUCUUCCCUUCCUUCCUCAUAUGUUUCUGGCUUAUAUAGAAAUAUGCUUCAUUUUAAGACAAUCCAGUGAAAAAUGAUUUCUUGUGUUAUCCCCUCUUUACAAAAACAGAGGCCUACAUUUUUGCGAGAUAUUAAUUUAAAUGUAUUAUCUCUUUUAGCUCCCACAAAUGUCUAAUGAUGCUGAUUAGUAUCAUUUGUCCUUGUUUUUUUCAAUGAAACUGAAGCUUAGAUAGGUUAAAUGACUUGUCCCAAACCACACAGCUAAAGUGGCUUUUCUGUCAAAGAAGAAUGUUGGAAGCAGUCUGUCCCCAAACAAAGAAAUAUUUGCAUUAAUUAUGAAAUGCAGUAUGAAUUCACAGGUAGCCUGUCGAUAAUUGUGAUGAUGAUUAUGUGGUAGAUACUGAUGCUAUGACUUUUGUAAAUUAUAAACCUAGCUAUAAAAUUAUAAACUGAUUAUUACUGUUUAAAAAAAUGCUUCAGAUUUAAACCUGAAAGAAAUUUGCCAAAAUACUAAUAGAAAUUAUGUUGAACUAGGAGACUUCUGGCAGUUUUCUUUUUUAACCCUCUUCUGAAUUUCUAAAUAGGUUGUAAUAUAUUUCUAUUUCUUUGAAAAAAUUGAAAUUUAUAAGUUAAAAAUGAAGAAAGAUAUAGUUUGGAUUACUGCCAAAGUUCUUUUUUCUCUAUAAUUCUAGCUAAGAAAUGUCCGUAUUCUGCACAUGUACAGAUGUUCAUGUGUCCAUAUGUCUGGAGUCAGCCAUCUUUCAGAGUUGAUUUGCUGUACCUUGGGGCAAAGGGCUGGCCUGCCAUGUCUGGUUGAAGGAGAGAAACACACAGGAUACUUCCUUGGGGUACCCAGCCAAAACAACAUGUACUGAUGGAAGCAGGCAGUAGGUCAGCUCCCUAUCUUUAUUGUUGUUGUUUUUUAAUAUGAAUGCCUCUGGGAUGAGAUUGAACCUUCAACCAAAAAAAUGUCACGGAACUUGCUGCAUGCCUAGAUUGAUUCAUUCUUGGUGACAGUAGUUACAGUCACGCGUCACUUAACGACAGGGACACAUUCUGAGAAAUGCAUCAUUAGGCGAUUUCGUUGUUGUGAGAGUUUACUUACACAAACCUAGAUGGUAUAGCUACUAAACACUUCGGCCAUAUGGUGUACUAAUCUUAUGGGCCCACCAUCAUCUAGGCGGUCUGUCGUUGACCGAAAUAUCAUUACUCGGAGCACGACUAUAUUCAUGUUGCUGUCACGGAGGAGUUAUUGACAGUGAACUAAGUCACUAUCAGCUUUUACACUCAUGAAGACUCAUAACUGUAACGUAACAAAUUGACAAGACUGUGAAGUGAAAACAUGACGUACUCUGUUACAAAGAAAAGUAGAUACUUACUUGCUGGCAGAAUGCCUAGAACAUUUUUAACUACAUGAGUGUUAUCUCAAAUGAUAUUUUUAUUUAAACAUCCUUCCAUCUAUAUCUUUCCAUUCACUUUUAAUUUCUUAGUACUUCAUAGUAGACAAAUGUGCUUUGAGUGGAGUAUUUUGGUAACAGUUGUGAACCUUGUGUUCAAGGAGAAUCGUUUUCAGGUGCUGAGUACCUGACAUUUCAUCCUCAUGACCACUAUAUUAGGUGGCAGAGAGAAUGCCCAUUUUAAAUAUGAGUAAACUGAGGUUCAAACAGAUUAAGGAUGCUCACUUCUGUGGUUCUAUACGGUGAUAUAUUCCUGAGUGAUUCCUCUUGAAUAUAGGGUAAGUCUAUUGUUCCAUUCCGAAGGAGCUCUCUUUUUGGCUUCUGGUGUGUAUAAUUAAUCUUGUCAAAUUUCUUGAUUUAAUAUCUACUAAAAUUUUCUGUUGCUUUUUGCUUUUUUACUGUUUUCAUGUGCUACUCUUAAUUUGAAAUUGUGAUUUUGGUUAAUUACCUACCCAGCAUGAUUAUUUCCCUUAAGUACAGGAGAAUGUGGUUUGCCAGUUCUGUCUUUCUUGUUCAUAAUGUUAGGCUGCGUACAGUUCAUCUUAACAUUAAAGGAAUCAUCCUCCUUGCCUGUAUUCUGGGCUCUUUCUUCUGGCCUUGAUUCUGUGCCCACCUUUCCCACAAGUAUGAAAUUCCCAAGGAAUAUGACCUGAUCUGGACUCGUUUCCUGUGUGUUUACCAUACACAUGAUCUUCACAUCCAUCAAUAGAUAGUCUUCUGUACUCACCAGAAGCACUGUGUCAUGUCUGGAAAAAAAAAUUUUUAAUGUUGCUUUUAAGAAGCUGUAGACAUUUUAAUAAAAAUUUCUUCUCAGCUUUUCUCUGAUGUGUAUCAGGAGAAAACUACAGUAACAGAGAACAUGGCAUUAUUGCAGCUUGCCUGUCUGAAUACAUUUCAGUUCAUUGAGCUAGAUUUCCCUGAAAAGGGAGUAUUCCCAGCCAAGUCUGGUCUAAAAAGAUACCCAGGGUGGUGAGCCCAGAUCUUUGGUGCCUGCAGGUGCUAUUUUCUUAUCCUUAAUAUUUUAAAUUAUUCUCUGGCACCAUGGCAGACAGGAUCAAAGCUAAUGGCCUGAUGAAAAGUGGCGAUGCCCAGUGACAGAUGGAGAUGGGCUGAAGCCUCAUACCCAGUAAGAGUGGUAAAGCCUCCAAGUGUUCAUGGCCAAGAGUUCAACCCAGGCUGUCUCCAAGCCUUUGGUGACCUCUGCAGUGUGGCAGUGGCAUAGUCUCUCUGAGGGCUCACAACCUACUUACAAGCAAUUCCAAGAGCACUGAGCACAGAGGCAUAUGGAAAUUCCACUCUCAAGCUUAAUAUACACCAUGCAAAAUGAAUUUUUCAUAUUGGGUUUUAAAAAAUGGCAACAUUCCAGCUUUCCCUCGCUGGUGUGCCUUUUGGAAUUAGUGCCGUUUAAAGCAGCCGGAGGGGGGAAUGACUGUAAUGUAAGCACGGCAGUGUUUGCAAGUGAGAGCUGCGUGAGGUGAUGAUGAUUUUGGAAACAUUAUUCUGGGUGUGGAAUUGAGCAAAGCGUCAUUACUAAAGGAAAAAGUAUCUAGAGACACGUUGUUAAUGCUCUCUCGGAUUUGGGCCUGGAGAACCAUACUGUGAGUUGAAUGGAAGAUAGAUAGAGAGAAAAAUAGCAAAUUAAGGGGACAAAUAACCAGAGAGAAGAGGGGGUGCCCACUGGCAUUGGCAGAGGAGAACGUAUAACCAGCAUCUGAUGCAUUUCCUUAAGAAUCAGUGUGUUUGCAAAUUGCUCCGUUGCAUCUUAGCAGAAUCUAAUCUGAGUAACGAAGAGCUGACUAGCGAACAUGGUUGGAUGAAUUCCCUCAGUACUCCUGAAAUAUAACAGAGCAAGGAACAGUGUAAUGAAAAAUAACAGAGAGAGUAGCUAGGGGCUUAACUUAUGAUCAGUGUUCAUUACAACAAAUGACAUUUUCACUGCAGAGUUACCAUAAAGAUUAUUGACUCUUACGUAAUGUAGUUCCCAUCUGAAUAGACUUGAGAACAGCUUAGCCUAUGAAUGGGAGAGCUGAAGCAAGUGGAGGACUGAAGAUGUACUCAAUACCCUUAUUUGUUUUUUCAAUUAGUGAAAUUUCAAUUAGUGAGCCACCCAUUCAGAACCAUGGACAGAGCAAGAGAGACUGAACCUUCUUCCAGGAAGACUCUCCAUCAUUAUCUUCGGCAUUGACUAGCAUGGUUAUGUGUUCCGUUCAGUGAAGACCAGGCUUACAAAUGGACUAAACUUAUUGGUAGUUUUAUAUCCAAGGCUCACUCCUUAUGUUCUCUGCCAUUUGAUAUUUUCCUCAAGUAUAUACAUGUUACAACAUUUUUAAAAAAAUGUAUCUCUUUGGAAAGAAACUGUGUUUUGUGGAAAACUUUGGGCAUCCAACCGUAAGGCGUUUUGCCCCUCUGGGGCUUCAACCAAGUUUAGAAUAGACAACCCCAGUUCUGAGCACAGUGUGUAAUAGCCUUGGUUUAUUGAGCAUCUGUUUGGUACCUGCUAAGCACUUUAUGUUAUUUCAUCCUCCCACCAACCCUGUGAGGUAUGUCCUCUUAUUAUCCAGCCCAUUUUCCAGAUGAGAAAGCACACUCAGAGAGGUUCGGUAACUUCUCCAAGAUUGCCGAGCUGCCAGUUAUUAGAGGUGAACUUCAAAACCUGGUCUCUCUAACAGUCUACCAGACAUUUUUACUUGCAGACAGGUACUGAGCAUAGAGAGAGAGUCUUUCUCUCCCGCUCUCCCUCUCUCUCUCUCUCUCUCUCUCUCUCUCUCACUCACACACACACACACACACGCCAAAAGCAGGCUGGAUUUUUGAAAUCAGGGCUUGGACCUGAUUUCUUUUCCAUUUGAUAUGAGAUCCUACAAAAGUGACUUAACCUCUUUUACAAGUGGUUGUGAUGAAGAAAUGUCUCAAGUUUAAUGUGCGGCCAGACACAGUGACAGACCCUUUACGUGAUUUCCUCGUUCAGUCCUCACCACCGAACACAGUAGGUUCAAGUAUAAUUCCUGUGUUAAGAAAACAGAGGCUCAGAGUAGGCCAGGCUGCACAGCUGGUCAGUCUGUCCAGAACCCUUCUGUUCAACUGGACUUCACGAACCAGACCAGCCUUGCUCGUUGUGGGCCGUUUCAAAGCCCACUCUGCAAAGUGUCCCCCCACAAGAGAGGCUCACCAUUGAUAUCAACCAGAGGUGAAGGUGGCAGCCCUCAUUGCAUGGGCGAUGCAAGCAGAGCAAGGGAACCCAAAGAGGCUCGCGGGUUAGGGGCUAUGUCAUUGCAGGGAAAGCAGCAGUGGAGUUUGGAACAGGUGAGUAGAACGAUGAGGACGUCUGUGGGAGCUCCGCAGUAGAUGACUCUUUGGAUCUCCAGCUUCCUUUAGUUUUCAAUUUUGUCUUUCUGAGUUUUAUGGAAAAAAUACCUCAACAAGGAAUGGGAACUUUAAAAAUACUCUUGGCGCUGAUACAGCCAGCAUAUUUAAUAUUUGUCCUCUUCUCUCUUCUGAGCACCUUGUUCUUUCUCUCCUUUAUAAAAGCCUGAUUGUGAUGUCUCGCCUCAGGGCCACCUGCAGUGGGCUUCUGUCGACCUCCCUGCAGCCCACCCCCAGGUCUCGCUGGCCCAGAGAUCAGAGAUGGGCAGGGAGAUGGGGCAGCAGGAAGUGCCAGAAGCUAGAUUUAGUAUUUGCCAUUUCAGAAGGAGCAGACCUGGUGAGGAAGUCCAGCUUGCCUAGGAAAUGGCAAAACUCAGGAAUAACGUGGCCUCUAGCGGCUGCUGCUUGAGCGCCUCCUAGUUCAGGCCUCCCAGAUGGUGCUCUGGCCAGUGCCGGUUGAUGACUUUUGCCUUUUACAGUUGUUUUAUGUUUUCUUCCUUUUUGGGAAGAGAGGGACUAACUAUACUUCCCUCCACCCAAGCAGUCUUCAUGGGCUUCAGGAGUUAUUUCUUUUGGCCCUUUACAGGCUCAUCCUCAGAACUAUUACAAAUGACUAAAGAUAUUGAGAGAACCUUUAGGUAAGUGAGAUUACUUAGAAAAAAAAA